GUCCGCCAAUCAAAGGCCGCAACUCCGACUGUCGGCUUGUGGAUUAUGUGCGUGACGGUUCACCGUGCUUGUCAAAAAGUCUUAAUUUUGUGCAUUACAAAUAAUUACAAAAUGGCGACAUGAGAACGACGCAAAUUUGUCGAUGCCUCUUUUAAUUUCAGAGCGUAAAAUCGUACUUGACAUACGUACGUCGCAGCAUCAAUGUAAAAUCGAGGAUGUAAAGAUUCGAUGUCCAAAGUGUGACUUUGAAGGAUUAUUUGAAAAAUGAGCAACAAGGAAAGUGUCGAAAUGGAUCAGGAAUUGGCUAAACGCCUCUUGGUUGAAGGGGCGACUUUGGUUCUGCUCAAUGUUCCUCUGGGGACGGAUUUUGGAGUUGAUAUGAAGUCUUGGAACACCGGUGAAAAGUUCAAGGGCGUUAAAAUGAUUCCUCCAGGGUUUCACUAUAUUCAUUACAGUGCUGUCAAUGAGUUUGGAGAUCUUGCACCCCGUUCAGGCUUCAUUCACAACUUCAAGAAGUCUGAAUUCUUGGCCAUGUCUUGGGACGCGGAGAAAGAGGAUGUCAGCACAGAACCUCCUUCGGAAGAAACGGUACGUAGCUUAAAACAGAAUCUGACUAGCCUUGAUCAGUUUCUUGGCCCCUAUCCUUAUGACAUUUGGGAACAGUGGAAGGGAUUGACCAACACAAUUGACGAUGCGGUCGUAGAAAGAUGUACACCAGUUUGUGGGUACAUCCGAUCAGCUCUGGAGUUGGAGAAUUGUGACGAUGCUUCUAGACCACGAGGAGGAGAGGCUGUGGAGAAGCGAACUCGACGCAGCGGUUUGUCCGCUGAGGACAGAGAGCAGCAGCUGCUUCCCCAAUUGAAACCAAGAGCUGGGACUGAACUGAGGCUAACUAAGCUACCGGAUAAAAGCUAUCCUGAUGGAGCAACACCUGCUGAAAUAACGCAACAUUCUCUUGAUUCGAGCUAUGCCCUGGAAAAGAUGUUGGCUGAAUUGAAAAACCCGAUAGAAAUAAUGGGAGAACUUCAGCUGGCGUUCAUCUGCUUCCUGGUAGGACAGAGCUUGGAUGCGUUUGAGCACUGGAGGAAGUUGGUCGGUCUUUUGUGCGGGGCCGACACGGCAAUACCGUUGCGGCGUUCCAUUUACUCCGAGUUUCUAAACACAUUGGAGGCUCAAGUGGCCUGCGUCCCGGAAGAAGUGCUGUGCGACAUUGUGGCUAGCAAUAAUUUCGUAUAUCACAACUUGCGUAAUUUGUUUGCCAAUAUUGAAUCUAACGACAAAGUCGACGGACGUCUGAAAACCCAGGCGGUCCGAGUGCGCGAUAGACUCACGAAAAAGUUUCUCUGGGACUUUACUUGUCUGCAAGACGAAGAAGACGAUGAAGCACCUGUCGUUGUGUCACUGGACUGAAAGGGGACAAAGAGUUAGGAAGAUACUUUUGACUGAUUGACUAUUAACAAUAAGAGGUGGAUUGAAUUCAUUUGUAUCGUGUAUAAAUAAGAAAACCGUUCAUCUCGGCAACUAGAAUACAUUGAGAUACUCACACUGUCAUGAAAGAUGAGAAACUUGAAUAUCCGAUAGAGUUAGACUCUAUAGGAUAACGUGAAAUUACGAAAUGUUUUGAAAAAUUGCACAAAUCUAAAAUCUAUAUGUAAUUAUUACAUUGAAACUACGAAGUUGUGCUUUUUGUUAUCCAUCGCACCGUGAUUUCUCUCUGUACGUAAGAAGUUCUCGUUUUUCAUCUUCAGAAGAAUUGCAAUAAUAAUUGUAUCUCCUAAUGUAAACGUACGUUGAAAUUCCUAGCUUCUCUCAUGAGUUCAAAGAGAGACACGCGUUAUAUCGCUAUCACUCGUUUAUCAAAUAAUUACGAAAAAAAAUCAUAACGAGCGCGUCGAUAAACAUUUUCAAUAAUGAGUUACGGGCUGUAUCUAACAUGGUUCUCGUCCAUCCAGUCUUCUAGUGUAUUUCUUCGUUUUCAAGACCACACAUUAUACUCCUGUGCGAUCUCUGCGGUUUGGAAAUCGCAAGGGAUGAUCUUGAAACGCAAGUAAUUUAUUGUAGCUAAUAUUAUGAAUCAAUUUGUUGGAUUCGGUAAUCAUUCAGCGAGAUUAUCGGCAGGUUCGGAAGGCCCUGGAACCUCGGAGCUUCCUUUAAAACCUCGCGUUCAUUUCCGGGUAGGUACGUAAUCGUCGUCCUCGAUUACUGUGACCGUCGACUUAACGAUUUCCAGCUUUACAAACUUCUGCGAAAACUAUAAAUCCUUGCCAAUAAUGCAGAGAAUUAGAAUUACGGUCAGGUUCUCGCGAUGAAACCCCAUACUACCGAGAUAGAGGAAAACACUGAACAGUGAAUAAUUGCGAUUAAUGUACACGAGAUAUAUUUAUACGCAAGAAUUUUUUAGUUGGUGCAAAUGCAAUUGUUUACAAUAACAUAAAUUGAAUGACAAAAUGUUGUAACCUCUGAUUCGCUUUAUCGAUCUGUAAACUCCGAUAAAUCGGUCAGUGACUGCAGAGUCAAAGUCUAGUGUGCCGUCAGUAAUAUAUAAUUUGCAUAAUCAAUUUCAUGCGGAUUCGCGCUUAUACGCAUAGAGUAUAGACCAUUUGCAUUUGUCUACUUUCGUGUAGGUUGGCAUGACUCGCUACAGCUACGUAUAAAUUCUGGGAAAACGAUCCUUAAAUUACAAUAGUGUAACUGUAGGAGAAUAACAACAAGGGUUAAUAUACCGAGGUUAAUCCAGCUCAAUUUCCAUAUAUUUGCAGUUUCACUUAUGUAAGACUCGACUGCCGUAACAACAAAAAAAAAGGGGGGAUUGGGAAAAUUAAAUUUUGAAAUAAUUGCAUAUAAGCACGUCAACACAGUGUGAGUAUAAUAUUUCUUUGUAGUGAAUUUUCAGAGAAUGUAAUCUACAUUUUAUUAACACUGCCUCACAUAAUUGCAGAUCUGACAACAAUCGAUGGUCAAUCAGAAUAUUACCUUUGGAGUGAUCACGAGAUGUGAACAAUGCGGAUAAAUAUUGUGGGCAUUGGUAAGAAGUGUGACCUAAUUUCUAAUUAGAUACAGUAUUAAUAGCCGUAUUAAGCGUUAAGUUAUGACACAUUAUUCUACUUAUUUUCAAUCCUCAUUACAAUCUAAGAAAGGUGACGGUUUUUUCUCCAGAAAUUCGCAGAACUGUUUAAUGGUGUAAUUCUCUCGGUUGGGUAAUAAUUCGCUGGUUCUGUUUUCAAUACAUUUGUUAAAACUUUCUUCGUCAAGAUAAGACUUGGGUAAUUUGUUUGAACACAUUUUAAUAAGCUCGUAGGGUGCAUCUUUAUACUCCGGGAAGUGGUGCCCUGUCUCAAUGUUCUUGCCCUUCAACCAGUCUAUUAUCAUGUCUUGGCACAUCCACGUGAGACGAUUGAACUGGAAGUAGAGCUCCUUCACUUUGAAAUUGGUUAACGAAGCAAUUGGAAGACACGUUAUCUUGUUCGAGGAAAUGUCCACCACUUGCAACGGGGACGUGGAGAAGAAACUGUCUUCUAUGUGCUUAAUUUGAUUGUUUUGGAACGAAACAACCCGCAAUUUCGAAAGUCCCUCAAACCAGGCGCCCUUUAUGACCUGCAAUUUGCCUCCGGUGACGGCCAAAAAUUCCAGCUCUGUCAGUCCCUGAAAAGCGUUGUUCUCGAUUUCUUCGGUA